AUGAAUUCAUGGACAUCAUUAACAUCAUUAUCAACACCAUAUAUAUCACGUAUAGAAGAUAGUGAAACACACCAAGUUUAUAGAUCAUUCUCAGCAUCAGUUGAUAUAACUCAUACAAAAACUGGACAAGCUACAUUGAAACAUCAACAACUAUUAAUAAAACAUCCGGCUGAAAGAACUGAACAUAAAGGAUGUAAAUUUACAUUUUUUCUUGGCCUUUUUAUAACUCUUUAA